UCUUUUCCUUUCUCUCAAAUUUCUUCUUUUUAAUUUUUUUGUUUUUAUUUUUUGAAGGAUUGAUAAUGUGUGGAGAUUUAAAGAUAAUAUGUGUGUUUUUAUUAAUGUUGAGUUUAUUUGGGGAUAAUUAUGGUACAAAAGGAGAACCACAAGUGCCUUGUUAUUUUAUAUUUGGUGAUUCAUUAGUGGAUAAUGGAAAUAAUAAUGUGAUUAGGUCAUUGGCUAGAGCUGAUUAUUUGCCUUAUGGAAUUGAUUUUCCCGAUGGACCAACUGGAAGAUUCUCCAAUGGUAAAACUACUGUUGAUGUCAUAGCUGAGCUUUUGGGUUUUGAUGAUUAUAUUCCACCUUAUGCAACUGCAAGGGGUAGAGAAAUACUUGGAGGUGUCAAUUUUGCAUCUGCUGCUGCUGGAAUUAGAGAAGAAACUGGCCAACAAUUGGGAGGAAGGGUAACAUUUUCAGGUCAAGUAAAUAAUUACAAGAACAUAGCUCAACAAAUAGUGAGAAUAAUUGGGAAUGAAAAUUCAGCUGCAAAUUAUUUGAGUAAAUGUAUUUACUCAAUUGGAGUUGGAAGUAAUGAUUAUCUCAACAAUUAUUUUAUGCCCCAAUAUUAUUCAACAAGUAGACAAUUUACUCCUCAACAAUAUGCCAAUGUUCUUAUCCAACAAUACACUCAACAAUUAAAGACAUUGUACAAUUAUGGAGCAAGGAAAUUUGUGUUGAUUGGAGUGGGCCAAAUUGGAUGCAGCCCAAAUGCUUUGGCCCAAAACAGCCCAGAUGGAAGAACUUGUGCUCAAAAUAUUAAUGUGGCAAAUCAGUUAUUUAACAAUAAACUGAGGGCACUUGUGGAUAAUUUAAAUAGAAAUACACCAAAUGCUAAAUUAAUCUACAUUAAUGCUUAUGGAAUAUUUCAAGAUUUAAUUGACAAUCCCUUUGCUUUUGGAUUUAGAGUGACGAACGCUGGAUGUUGCGGAAUAGGAAGGAACAAUGGACAAAUAACAUGUCUACCAUUUCAAAAUCCAUGCCCAAAUAGAAAUGAAUAUUUAUUUUGGGAUGCAUUUCAUCCAGGUGAAGCUGCAAAUAUAAUUGUUGGAAGAAGAUCUUAUAGAGCCCAAAAGUCAACUGAUGCAUACCCUUUUGAUAUUCAACGUUUAGCACAAUUGUGAAGAAAAAAUAAAUAUGGUUAUUAUUAAAUAUAUAAAAAUUAUAUGUAUUGCAUUCUAACACUCUGUUUGUAUCAUUGUUA